AUGACAGGGCUAGAUGCCGACAUGGAACAAAGAUACUUGUGUCCUGAACCCUAUCCGGAGGAUAAUUUGGAGUUUCUUAAAUCACAGAAUAUUCGUCUAUUUCAAUUUGGAAUUGAGGGGAAAACGGAAGUUUCUUUACCUAUUCUUAGUGAUUCUAUUAUGGAGGCUUUGAAAAUUUUACUUGAUGUGAGAAAUCACCCUGUUUUGAUUCAUUGCAAACGAGGAAAGCAUAGAACAGGUUGUGUAGUUGGUUGCUUCAGAAAGAUGCAGAACUGGUGUCUGUCUUCUGUGUUUGAGGAGUACCAGCGCUAUGCUGGUGCUAAAUCCAGGACAACGGAUUUAACAUUUAUAGAGAUGUUUGACAUCAUAAAUCUUAGGAAGUGCCUCUACAGCAUCAUCUACCAGUAUCAAGGUGCUUCAAAGAAGCACAGAUUGAUGUAUCAAGGCGAGACUACGCAGAAGCCACCCCGUUUGACAUCGUUUUAG